AUGGAUUCAGAAAAAGAGAUAUCCCGGGAAGAAAUCGUAGAUCCUCCGCUCUUCGGAGGAGAUGAAGCGCUUCGACUAGUGGGAACUCAAGCACAGAAAUUUAGUGAAGAAUAUAAUCGAAGACUCAGGAACAAACUCGACAAGGUUAUUAUUCCAAUAACUGCUGCGGUGUACUUCACCCAGUUUUUGGAUAAAACAUCGCUCAAUUAUGCGAGCAUCAUGGGGUUUCCGGUAACUGGACAGAAUUACAAUUUAGUUUCAAUGGCGUUCUAUCUCGGUUUUAUAGUUUGGGAAUUCCCCACAGUAUAUAUCGCCCAGAAGCUCAGGCUUGGGAAAUACCUUGGCGUGAAUAUUAUCAUAUGGGGCGUCGUGCUCCUCUGUCAUGCGUUUGCAAACUCCUUUAAUGCCUUCUUCGCGCUUCGCUUUAUUCUUGGGAUGUGCGAGAGCUGUGUGUCUCCUAUCCUGAUAUCGAUAAUAUCCAUGUUUUAUAGAAAAAAUGAACAAGUGGUCCGCAUUGCAUAUUUUUACACGAUGCUUGGCUUUACUCAGGUCUUCGGAGGCUUCAUAGCUUAUGGAAUUUCGUUUUACAACGGAGGUGCCAUGGCACCAUACAGGAUUGUCUACUACCUUCUUGGCGGCCUUGCAAUCCUCGUUGGAACAAUAGUAUUAACCUGUUUACCAGAUUCGCCUGUCAAUGCCUGGAUCCUUACAAAGGAGGAGCGCAUUGCAUCCCUAGAGCGGGUCAGGGAUGACCAGGGUGGUACAGAGAACAGGAAGUUCAAGAAAGAACAAGUCAUCGAGGCACUUCUGGAUGUCCGAACUUGGUUGAUCGUGCUUGCAACCAUGCUGACCGAUAUCCCUAGUGGUGGUCUCACCAACUUCAGCAAUAUUAUCAUAAAGAAUUUCGGAUAUACAUCGAGGCAGACUUUGAUCCUUGCUACUCCCGCUGGAAUUGUGGAGGUUUUUUCAGUGGUGAUCUGCGGUUACUACUCUGAUAAAAAGGGAGAACGCAUGUUACCAGUGAUUUAUGCAACUCUCCCAACCCUUCUGGGCGUCGCUCUGAUGAUUGGCUUCAACAAUAGCGGACAAAAAGGAGUUUUACUAUUUGGUUCAUAUCUCAUAGGCUCGUUUGGAAGCACAUUAUCUACCAUCUAUGCAUACAAUGCCAGCAACACGAGCGGUUACACGAAGAAGCUCACCAUCAACGCGCUCACCAUGAUCUUUUUCUGCGUUGGAAACAUCAUUGGCACUGAAAUUUUCCAACCUAAAGAUGCACCAGCAUAUAUCCCAGGCAAGGCUGCCAUUAUGGUUUUGCUUUCAACGCAGAUCGGGGUAGCAUAUAUUCUGCGUCGUAUUAAUGUGAAGCUAAAUAUUAAACGACGAGCGAUGAUAGAAGAGAUUAAGAGGGAGAAGGGUUGGACCGAUGACGACGUUCAGAAGGAAAAGGAGCGUCGUGCAUUCGCCGACAUGACAGACAAGCAGUAA